ACGCAUUGUUGGGGGAUGCUGCUCUGGCUCUUCAGCUAGCCCGUGACUAGCUCUUAAAUAAGUCCAUUAAGCAGAUACUCGUAUGUCCACUAUACAAUGUGACACGGAAACUCCACGGGCCUUAAAGUGGUGUUCUUCUCUGCAGUUGAAACAGACUCAUUUGUGUCUGGAUGAGAGAACUUUGUGCGGAAUUAACACUACGUUUAGCGGGCAGAGGCCGUAUCGCUUUGAAAGCUGCCGACUAGCUAGCGUCUUCUUCAGCUAGCAGCACUGCUCGUGAAGACGAGCAACACGGAGCGUCAAGAUGAAGAAGAAAGCUCGGCACCACCGGGCCACGCAGCGGUCCACGUCUCCCAUCAAGCCUUCCCCCAACAAGCAGAUCCUGACUUACGCUCAGGCCCAGCGCCUGGUGGAGUUCGAGAUGGAUGGUCGAAUCCAUCGGCUCAGCAUAUAUGACAAGUUGGAUGUGAUCUCAGACGAUGAUGCCGUGGUGCAGGAGAUGAUGGAAUGUACCAGCAACAAGGAGAACGCCGAAAAGCCGCAGCAGCAGCAGGUCCUCCUGAGGUCAGUCAGGCUAAAAAAGAACCAGGAGAAGAGAAACGCCGCUCUGGGCGUCACCAGUCGUGGAGAAGGAGGUGGACAUCAUACUAGUACUAGUGCUGGUCCAAAGCUUCCAGAGCCAAAAUUCUGCACGGUGGAAUAUAACCUUCCCACAGUUCCGAAGCGCCCAGCUAGCUAUUAUAAAUAUAUUGAGAAGACUGAGGAGGAGCUGGAUGAGGAAACGGAGUAUGACAUGGACGAGGAAGAUUACGCCUGGCUGGACCUGGUCAAUGAGAAGCGGAGGAGCGAAGGGGUCAGUCAAGUCUCUCACAACGUUUUUGAGUUCUUGAUCGAUCGCUUUGAGAAGGAGUUGUUUCUGGAGAGCCUGGACAAAUGCAGCGAAAAGCAAACGCUCAUCGAUGAAGACGCCGUGUGCUGCGUGUGCAUGGACGACGAGUGCCACAACAGCAACGCAAUCCUGUUCUGCGAUCUGUGUAACUUGGCAGUGCACCAGGAAUGUUACGGCGUGCCCUACAUCCCUGAGGGCCAGUGGCUGUGCAGACAUUGCCUUCAGUCGCCCACCCAGCCUGCGGAGUGCAUCCUUUGUCCCAACAAGGGCGGCGCGGUGAAGAAGACAGAUGACGACCGCUGGGGACACGUGGUUUGUGCUCUCUGGGUUCCAGAGGUGGGCUUCUCCAGCGUCACCUUCAUCGAACCCAUUGACGGGAUCAACCACAUUCCUCCAGCCCGCUGGAAGCUCACCUGCUACCUGUGCAAAGAGAAGGGCGUCGGCGCCUGCAUUCAGUGCCACAAAGCCAACUGCUACACUGCCUUCCACGUCAGCUGUGCCCAAAAGGCCGGACUCUUCAUGAAGAUGGAGCCAAUCAAAGACCUAACGGGAACCGGAGAGCCUACCUACUGUGUAAAAAAGACGGCAUACUGCGGCUCUCACACACCGAACGGCUGUGUAAGGAGAGCUCUGACGAUCUACGAUGAGACCAAACACAAAAACGGACUGUUUAAGAAAGCUGCCAAGGGCAAGGGAAGUGGCAAGGGAAAGUCGAGAGCAAAACUGCAGAAGAAGAAGAGCAAGAAGGCCGAGCUCGAACCAGACAGUGAAGUCGAGACUCCUCCCUGUGUGCAUAACUUCCCCACGCACAGGUUACAAACUAUUCUGAAUCAGGUGUCCGUGCAGAAGAAGAAGGCAUUUGUUGAGGUUGCCCUCAGCUACUGGACAUUAAAGAGGCGAUCCAGGAACGGGCUUCCUCUGAUCAGACGCCUUCAGACAAGCACGCAGGCUCAGAACAACGCACAGCCGAGGAAGAGUGACGGUGAGAGCAGGGCACUGAAGGACCAGUUGAAGGAAUGGCACCGUCUACGUCAUGAUUUGGAGAGAGCACGUCUGCUGCUGGAGCUAAUUCGGAAGCGGGAGAAGCUCAAGCGAGAAGAGCUGAAGUUGCAGGAAACCUUUCUGGAGAUGCAGUUGACUCCAUUUAGUAUUCUUCUCAGAGUCCUCUUGGACCAGCUCCAGGCAAAAGACCAGGCUCGGAUCUUCACCCAACCGGUUGAUGUGAAUGAGGUCCCUGACUACCUUGAACACAUCAAACACCCGAUGGAUUUCUCCACCAUGCGUCAGCGGCUUGAUGCUCAGGGCUACACCAGCUUUGAUCAGUUUGAGGACGACUUCAACCUCAUCAUUGACAACUGCAUGAAAUACAAUUCGAAGGACACCUAUUUCUACAGGGCUGCCGUUCGUCUCAGAGAUCAGGGCGGCGUCUUGCUCAGAAAAGCCCGGCGGGACGUGGAGAGAAUUGGCUUCGACACAGAGAGCGCCAUGCAUUUGGCUGAGGCUCCUGAAGUCAAAGCACUGCCGGCCUUUUCGUGGGAGGACGUGGACCGCUUGCUUGCGCCAGCCAAUCGGGAGCACAUGCCGCUGGACAAGCAGUUGCAACAGCUGUUGGAGAAGUUUGACUUAACCUGUGCCAUGAAGUCCAGCCCCUCCCGCAGCAAGCGACUCAAGCUCCUCAAGAAGACCAUCAACGAUGUUCGCAACGAAAUAAGUUUAAAGAGAGUCCUGCCAUCACACAACCACUCUUCUUCUUCUUCUUCUCCUACACCUUCUACAUCAACAUUAACUUCAUCAGCAACUUGUCAGCCAGAACUUGAUGAACCUCAAGAAGACAGACUGAAGCCCAACGGGCAUUUUCCAGAUAAUGAGGGAGACAAGUCACUUCCUCCUAAAUUGGAGCCGUCAAACUCCAUACCUCCUCUCAACUAUUCAGACGCCGACCCCGAGCCCCCCACCCUCAAACCAAUUGACGCAGCUCCAGAUUGUGAGGACAAAACAGGCGGCAUACUUGCCAAACUGGACGGCGAAAUGCCAGACCUGCUCGUCUCGACGCCGCGCCUCAACGGCUACGCUCAUGACACCUUUCAGAGUUCGCUGUUGGAUGGCGACGUGAGUGUGGUGGCCACGUCAACGCUCGCUGAGCCCACGGGCACUGUUAGCCGCCGGACUGCCGUGCUCUUCCGCAAAUCAAAGAGCACCACCAGUCCCCAAAAGCUUCCGAGGGCCGACGACGAAGAAGCAGACGCAACUCACCAGCAUGCGGGUGAGGAGGAGGAUGAAGAAGGCAACGGGCAGAUGGCUCCCAAAUCCAUUCUGUCGGUUGUUAUACCCAGGCUAGAGACUCUGCUUCAAGGCCAGAAGAGGAAGCGUGGCAGGGAUGGCGAGGAAGAGGGCAGAGACGGAGAACGCGAACGGAGCGUGCAGUCAGUCAAACGACGACAGACCGGUUUGUUAAAGAGUUUGCUGGAGAAGAGAGGGGAAAAAGAGUUUGAAGACUCCACUCGAGCUUGCCGAUUUGUUGAGCCACGAAGACGCUGUGCCUCUGAGUCGUCCAUCUCCUCAUGCAGCAGUCUACCUGGAAACACCAGCACCAUUCUCAGUUUUCCAAAAUGUGGGAAGGGGAAGCCCGCCUUGGUCCGGAGAAGCACGGUGGACGAUAAGAGUGAAUUAAUCGCCUGCAUCGAAAAUGGGAAUUUUGCAAAAGCUGCACGAAUUGCUGCUGAGGUUGGCAACAGCAAUAUUUGGAUGCCCGCUAGCGCUGCAACAGUUGCGUUGGAACCCCUAAAGCUAGUUUGGGCCAAAUGUAGCGGAUACCCCUCCUACCCCGCCUUGAUCAUCGACCCCCUCAUGCCGCGGGUGGGUUGCCAGCACAACGGGGUCUCCAUCCCCACGCCCCCGCCCGACGUGCUCCGGAUCGGCGAGCAGAUGCAAUACAAAGCCGAAGAGAAGCUCUUCCUUGUCCUCUUCUUCGACACCAAGCGCAGCUGGCAGUGGCUUCCUAGAUCCAAAAUGGUUCCUCUGGGGAUGGACAAGACCAUAGACAAGAUCAAAAUGAUGGAAGGCCGCACGUCCAGCGUUCGUAAAGCUGUUCAGAUCGCCUUCAGCCGCGCCAUGAACCACCUGAGCAUCGUGCAGGACGAGCCAGUCAGUGACCUCAGUGACGUGGACUAAUGAUGUUUGCUGUCUACACGCACAAACUUGUACCUCUUCUGUACCAAAUACCCCCCCGCCCAUUACCAUCAGCACUUCUGCAGGAACCUCAGAUGUUUACCGGACGCCUGCUCUAACAGGUGGCCGUGUUUCUCUUCACCCAUUCAUUCCUACAACUCCACACUCCCUUCCGUAUUGCCGAUUGGUUACGGCUGCUGCUGAAAUGAAUGUGUUCGUCUGUCCUCGCCGUGGUUCGACUCACUGUGCUCCUGGUUACUCUGACCCUCACUUCACCCACAACAUCUUAUGUUUUGAUUCAUCACGUGGUUGAAGAUGGGGAUUUUCACAACGCAACCACAUCUCACUGAUUUUGCAUUGCCAUAGCUAAACAGAUGAUCCUACAUUUGGGCUAACUGUCUCAGCUGUAGUUUUGGGUUUUGUUUUCUAUAAGCAGCAGAUUUUCUGGAAAUGAGCAGAUUCCUGAGUUUGUAGCAAAUGUCUGUUUAUGCCCAAAGUUAUUACAUUAGCAUGGUACGUUUUACUGACGGGCUAAGUUUAAAAAAAAAAAAAAAAAAAAAAGCACUGAGUACUGUUAGCGUGCAUGUGGUCAUGUUAAGUAAAGCGUCCACGUUUAGCAUUUGCUUUAAGACCGCCCAUCAUUAUUCAACAAUUGUUGCACUGUCCACUCAGGUGCAUAAGUAUUUGGACAGCAAAAGCCAUCUGUAGCAUUGCCUCUGUCCAUCAUCACAUUAGUUAAAAUAAAAUAAUAAAGAUGUGCUUGUACUGUAGACUUUUGAUAUGUGUUUUUAUAGUCUUGCCAUUUUCAGAGCCCAUAAGUAUUUGGACAAAUUGUGAAAAUCGUUAACACAGAUCAUCACUUUUACAGCCAGUGUUCUUCAAACAUGUCAGGAUGGAUGCAUGAAUAUUUGUUUGUAAAAUUUUAACAUAUUCAUCCCUGACUCAUCUCAAGAAAAUUGCAGAAAAAGUGAUAACUUGUGUGACCAAUCAUGUAGUUUGUCCAAAUACUUAUGGAGGCACUAGACAUUAAAAAAGGCUUUAACUCUUAACCCCUUGGAUUAAAUCUAAAAGUCUACGCUACAUGCCCAUGUUGUUUCAUUUUACGCCAUUGUGGCGUUAAAAUGAAACGAGGCAGAAUUAUAAAAAUGGUGACUGUUCAACUCAUUAAAGCUACAGUGUGUAGUAUUUAGCGUUAUCUAGUGGUAAAGUUACUGUCGCUGCUCAUGAUUUUGCAUUCCAUCUUGUUUUUGUUUCUUUGGCUUAUAAAUCGUGGCUUGCCCCAAACAGAAAUCUGGUCAUUCCUGGAAAACGUUAGUCACUGAAUGUUAUUUAGCUAGUUGAUAAUGUAGCUAAAAUAGCACAAAAAUUCUCCAGUCAUUGCAGAAAAUAUGGACAGACCCAUGUGGAUCCUAACAUGAAAGUUUCUUUACUCAAACAGGUGCGGACAAUUUGCAAAUUUUUAUACCUGUUCACCUUCAGAAGCAAACCAAGAUACACUUAGAAUUAUUCUUUCUCACAAGCUUUAUCCUACAUAUUUUAUGGGGUUGAAGAAAACGGCAGUGUGCCCCAAAGUUGAGUUGUUCAGUGCUCAGCUUCUCUUGGGGAUUGAACACACCAGCUGAGCUACGGUCGCCCGUGUAUCUCCACGUGCAAACACCUUUCUUUAUAUUUAAACUGUAAAUAAUGUGUACAGUUGGCGAACACUAACUUAUUUUGUAGUUUUGACAUAAACUGGGUACUGUACAAAGGUUUUCUUAGUAUUUAUACUUGAUACGUUGUUGGUUGGCCCAAACGUGUACGUGGUAUUUCGCCAGUGAUGUGAUCAAGAAUAAUAAGAAGUAGUAGAAAAAAAGCCUUAGUAUUGAUGAGAUUAGGGCUAAAAUAUCAUCCCUAUGAAAGUAUUCCAUUCUCAUGUUUAAGUUUAUUUUAGGUUUAUAACCACAAGCUUCCAUUUGGCAUUAAUCAGUUUUUUUAAGUGUCUAUUUUGUUGAUUUAUAUAUUUAUAUGAUUUGAAUAUUUGUUAAACAUAAAGUAAGUCUGUGAAGCUCAUACAGGCUGUCUGAUGCUGUGGACACAGAAUGGAGAUUGUUUUAAAGAAAAAAGAACAAAAAAGUGUUGCUACCCAGACUCAUUUAUUUGUGUGUGUGAAAGUAUUGCCAAAAAAGAAAGGGGGGUGGGACUUUGAUGAAAAAUCUGUUACUCUGUUUUGCUGUAGAAUUAGGAAGAUGUGCCUGUAUUAACUUAUUGUAAUGUAUUUACAUUACUUUAUAUUCAAGGCAAGACAUGCAGAUUGUAGUAAAACAGCACAUGUUGGGGUGAAUUCUUGCCUUUUUUUUAAAUAACUUUUUUUUUUUUAUUUUGUUAUAAACUUCAAGACAUUUCAUUUUAUACUUUUGCAUUAUUAUUUCCUGGGUAGCACUGGUUGUUUUUUUUUUUAUGUUUAAUUUUGUACUUAACUGUAGUCUUUCAUUCUAAAUCGGGUCAUACAGUAUAUUGCUGAGUGUUUUGUAGCAAAACAAACACAAAAAAAAUAAAGGAGCGAUAUGAGCUCACA